GUGACUCGUUGACUGCGGCGAUCGCAAUUUCGGCAACAUGGGAGCCGUUGUGGGAUUUAUUCUGAACGGAUUUUAAGAACCGUCGGGAAAAUGGCAGAGAGGUUGGAGUGGGUGGAGAUCAUCGAGCCGCGCACGCGGGAGCGUAUGUACGCCAACCUGCUGACGGGCGAGUGUGUGUGGGACCCUCCUCAGGGUGUUCGCAUCAAGCGGACUGGUGACAACCAGUGGUGGGAGUUGUUUGAUCCCAACACCUCGCGCUUCUACUACUACAAUGCCUCCACCCAGCGCACAGUGUGGCACCGGCCCCAGGGCUGCGACAUCAUCCCCCUGGCCAAGCUGCAGACUCUGAAGCAGCACACUGAUGCUACUAACCCCCGUCCUGCAGGUGGAGGAGGAGGGAGAGCGUCAGCUGACAACAGCCCCGGACGUAACAGCGGGGUCAGCCGAGAGGGAAGUACUUCCUCCUCCCUCGAUCAGGAGCUCUCUGAAAAACAGGGCAACAGAGAGGAGGCAGACAGGACUUCACCCUUUAGGUGGAACACUGGUACAAAGGAGCGAAUGCUAAUCAAGGUGACGGACAGAGAGCCCAGCUUCUUGGCCCACCAGGGAAAUGGUUAUUCCCCUUGUGACCCCCCCACCCCUGGUCCCCCCUCUGGAGGGGGUACCACCUCACGAACCCGCCGUUCCUCUGGAGGAAACCCACCUCAAGAACCCGAUGGCUCCCCCGUUCUCUAUUCCGACCGCCGUCAGUCUCCCUUUCUGAAGAGGGCUGAGCUGGGCAGCACCGGUACCCACCGCCGCUCCUCAGCUGACUCCCAGCCUCCCUCGCCUCGCUAUGCCUAUGAACCCCCACUUUAUGAGGAGCCUCCGUCAGAGUACCAGCCCCCUCCCAUCUAUGAGGAGCCCCCCACUGACAUGCAUCUCUCUGACUCCUCCUCCUUCUACGGCACUGGCAAGUCACCUGCUCGUAAGUCUUCAGCCCCCCUCUAUCACUCUCCCAAGCAGGGCCAGUCACCUUAUGGCCAGCUGGUUCUGACCAGGCAGAAGUGUCCAGAAAAGACCCAGAGUCUAGAGUACAGUCCUGUGGGGAAGGAGUACGUCAAGCAGCUGGUGUACGUGGAGCAGUCGUCUUCUAGCCCUCGCUUCAAGACAGCUGACCGCUUGCUGCGUUAUGGCACUACAGGGGGCUAUGGUGGCUCAUAUGGGGGAUCCUACACUCUGCAGCACAGCCAGUCUCUAAUCAGGGACCCCCGCCUACUGCUGGACUACAGUGGGGAGGGUGGAGAGGGAGGCCAGAGGUUGCUUUAUGAAGACUCCAUAUCCUGGACAUCCAGUCAGACCCACUCCCUCUCCUCUUCCUCUACAAGUGGUCCUGGGGCUUUCUCUCCCGGAGGUAACCGCAAACGGAAGAGCCGCAAGCCGUCUCUCCCCCAGGAACUCGCACGCUGUGGAGGGCAAGAGGGGGAGCUGGCAGGCACAGCAUCCGAGGCGAUGCUGGCCCAGGCCAGGCUGGCGUGGGAGGCCCAGCAGGUGAUGAAACAGAGGAGCAGUUGGGACUCUGGACAGGGCGGGGGGGCUGCCCAGAGUGGCGGCUCCAAAGAUGGCUAUGAGAGUGACGGGGCGGUGCCUCUGCCACUACCGGGACCAGUGGUGAGGGCGUUCAGUGAGGAUGAGGCGCUGGCGCAGAGUGAUGGCCACCACUGGAAACGCAGCACCUUUGAUCGGCUGGGCUUCCCCCAGGCCCUGCUGGAGAAAAGCCUCUCUGUCCAGACCAACCUGGCCUCCCCUGAGCCUUAUCUCCACCCCUCACAGUCGGAGGACCUUGGAGCCUGUGCCCAGUUUGAGGCCAGUCGAAAUGCCAGGAAUAUGAUGCCGAGCGCCAGCUGUGGCAUUUUCCCAGAAUUCAGCCUGAGAAAGCCCUCCUCAGAGACCGACAUUGAGAACUGGGCAUCCAAGCACUUCAACAAACACACACAGGGUCUGUUUCGAAGAAAGGUGUCCAUUGCCAACAUGCUGGCCUGGAGCAGUGAGCCCAUCAAGAAGCCCAUGAUUGUCACCUCAGACCGCACUGUGAAGAGGGAGGCAGUGGACAUCUUUAAGCUCAUUCAGACUUUCAUGGGAGACCGUCGCUCUAAGGCUGACUCCCUCUCUGUUGCUCUAGAGGUGGUGGUACGUGGUUGGAGUAACCAGGGUCUGCGGGAUGAGCUCUACAUCCAGCUGUGUCGUCAAACCACCGAGAACUUCCGCUACGACAGCCUGGAGCGAGGCUGGGAACUGAUGGCCAUUUGUCUGGCCUUCUUCCCCCCCACACCGCGCUUUCACACCUACCUGGAGGGCUACAUCUACCGACACAUGGACCCUCUCAAUGAUACCAAGGGAGUGGCCAUUAGCAGCUAUGCUAAAUACUGCUACAGGAAACUGACAAAAGCUGCUCUGACUGGUGCCAAGAAGGGCCUGCAGAAGCCUAGUCUGGAGGAGAUCAAGCACGCCAGGAAUGCCAUCUUCAGUCCCUCCAUGUUUGGCUCCUCUCUGGAUGAGGUGAUGGUGCUCCAGAAGGAGAGGUAUCCGGACAGCCAGCUGCCCUGGGUGCAGACUCGCCUCUCUGAAGAGGUGCUGGGUCUCAAUGGAGACCAGACAGAGGGCAUCUUCAGGGUACCAGGGGACAUAGAUGAAGUCAAUGCCCUCAAGCUGCAAGUGGAUCAGUGGAAAAUCCCCACAGGACUGGAAGACCCACACAUCCCAGCGUCUCUGCUGAAGCUCUGGUACAGGGAGCUGGAGGAGCCACUUAUCCCUCAUGAGUUUUAUGAGGAGUGUAUCAGUCACUAUGAUAACCCAGAGGCAGCUGUUAAUGUGGUGCUGGGCCUGCCACACAUCAACAAACUGGUGCUCUGCUACCUCAUCCGCUUCCUACAGGUAUUUGCCCAGCCUGCCAAUGUGGCCAUCACCAAGAUGGAUGUGAACAAUCUGGCCAUGGUCAUGGCUCCCAACUGUCUGCGCUGCCAGUCCGACGACCCCAGGGUGAUCUUUGAGAACACCCGCAAGGAGAUGUCCUUCAUCCGGGUGCUCAUCCAGCGGCUGGACACCAGCUUCAUGGAUGGAAUCCUAUAGCCCCCCCACCACACACACACACACACACACACACACACACACACACACACACACACACACACACACACACACACAAACUAUCCAUACUUUACCCCCAGCUUCCCCUACAAUCCCUUUAACCCACUUCAUGACAGGCCCCUACACACAGCCCCAGCACAGGAACAUCAUACAUACAUAUUGUUGCUGCUGGGUGAAUACCUUGCCUCUCCAACAUGUUUACUUUUCUGGAACUAACAAAACUGCCUUGUUUUGGAGUUUGACCACUGUACAUUUUGAGUUGAACCAGCUGUAUUUUCUAUUUCUGUAGACAUAGUCCUUGAACUGACAUUGACAUGAGAAAAACACCACCAUUGGAGUUCCAAGGUUUUCAUAUGCUAACAGUACUGUGUGUGCCUUCACAUACAUAAUACCGUAUACACAUACAGUAUGAAGGAAUUAGCAGGGAUCUCAUCAUUCAGUUGGAUUCAUGUUAGACUCACUGGCACACUCACACUUCAGGACCGCAAAGGUUCAUUUCACAUCCAAAUUAUUUGUUUUAUAUGAACUGACUGCUUUGUUUCCCCCUGCUUAAACAUACACGCACCGUCACAUACAAAAUAGACACACAUAUUACACACACAUAUUAGUACAUGCACACACUUGUAUUGAAAGUCUCACUUUAAGAUUCCACCUUCUGCAGUGUACAAUACCAUAUUAACACACAGCAAGAUUUAUCACCGAGGUGAAUGAUACAUUCAUUAACAUGACACAAACACAGUUCUGCCACAGGUGUUCAAGACUCUCACACAUAAACAAUGCAUUCAUAGCACCAGAUUUUCACAAGAUAUAAAGCCUAACUGCACAAUUCCAUCAGUAUUUUAAUAUAUCAUAUUAAUCUGGCAAGAUUUUAACAGCCCGUGUGUCACACUGCCACAACUUAGACGGAGCUAAGAACUCAACACAGAGGCUCCUGUUUGCCUCAAGAUGGCAAACUUGUGCUGUCUAAAUGAGAAAACAUCCAACAAGACACAACAUUUAAUGUGAAACAUAGCUUCACCCUGUUAGUCAGGUGUUUCCUGCCAAUAACCUGACUUAAAACAAGUGUAGUUGUAAAGGAAGACAGGGGUAAGGUGGGAGCCCUGCUGGUCACUAAGCCAUCGAGUGAGGAGAACAUGAACACUAAAUCACCCUGAGUUUUGUUUGGACUUCAAGGUUUUAAGGCUUCCAUCAUGUUGGGUUCAUGGACAAAAAGCAUACACUUUACUCAAAUUGUUAGUACAAUCUAGAAAUGUUAAAGGUAUAUUAUGCAGGGUGUCUAUUACUGUUUGCAAACACAUUCGCCAGUCAAAGUUAAAGCCAACCUCAGAUUCAUUCUCGUUUGGCAUUUUGCCUGGCUAUAUUUGUGUCUCUUGGAUGCCUGCUGCUUAUGGUCCAACACCUGCUUGCUACCUUUUUAUAAAGUCAUGAUCUCACCUGAGUGCUGUGGGAGUACACACUCAUAAACUUCCCAAACCCAGAAAACAAGAAAAUCUAGACAGAAGGCAGAUUCUCUGCAGAUAAAUACACUACAACACCAUUCUACUGGGUUAUAAGCAGGCCCAAAGCAGCAGUGAUCUAAAAUGAAAAUCUGUGGAAUUCUGUGCAAUGUUUUUUUUUUGCUCAUUAUGUGAUAAACAAUAUUCAUUUAUGAUAACAAUUGUUUCUGAACAAAAAUAACCUCACACAAUACAUUAAAGCCUAAAAUUACUGAAAGCAGGUUAAAAGAACUACCUGAUGAGAGAGUGAGAGAAAUUAAUUUGCCAGUCUGUUAACAGCAAGUCUUAUUUUGGCAAUUCUUCUCUACACCACUUACUUUGAUUUUAAAGCUAGAUAGCUUAUGAAUGUGAAUACAACACACAAUUGUCACACACAUGCACAAGGAGGUGGAGGGGACAGUGACAACAUUCUGAGUUUUACUAGCAGCGUCUAUAUUUUGAAAAUCUGCGGAAAAUCUGUGGAGUUCUGGGGCACUGAUUCUGUAUGGGCCUGCUUACAAGUGGUGAUUUAGAGAAAUUACUUCUGUUUGAGUCUAUACAUAGUUUUCUUUUAGGAAAAUCCUGUAUAAUAUAUUGUUAGGUAUUUAAACAAAACAUACUCAACACAUUAUAUUGUCAGAGUGGGUUGUCACUCUUCCUACCUCGUAAGUAAGGACCUCUGGCUGCACAAGUUAUUUCAGUCAGAGUCUUGAAAAGUAAAAAAAAAAAAAAAAGUAUGAAAUUGAGUCUUAUCAGAUUUUACGUUUAUAAAAGUCUAGUCUAUAGAAAAGUCUGAUACUGUACUCUCUCUUGCCAGCUGUAGGCAGUAAUGUUAGUUUUAACAUAUUUUUGCAGGCUGUUAAACACCUGCAGACGAAAGGUUCUAUUGUUCUUACAGUGGACUGUACUGUAGCAGGCUGUCCAAUCCUGUUUUAUGAAGUUUUAGUCAGCACCAUGACACCUGUAACAGACACUGUCAUGACUGCAAGCCUUAGUAUAACAUGGAAGCUCAUCAGCUCAUAAUGAGAAAGUGUUGAUUUCAGAAUGAAUUUUUAAUAAGUUGAUUUAUCCAUUCAUUUUCAAGGUGUAGCUUGUGUUGAUUAAUUUACAUGCUAAAUCUUGCUGAGAGGCAGACACUGCAGCCACCCACAAGUGACAGUUAUGGUGGAUGCUAAAACACAGGAACACUAAGAGAACGAUCAUAAGUCAUCAAACUGACUCAAUGAUAUCCGGUAUGCAGAACAAUCUAAGUCUGGUAACAUUAGCCACCAUGAGCUACUGCUCCUACCAAAGUGUGAAAAACUGUAGCAGACAAACCUCUGAGUGUAUGAGAUUAAGCUACAGUGUGUUUUUUGCUCAUGAGUUAAAAUGUCAUUUGUAAGGAGAUGUGAAAUUACUUUUCUCAAAAGUUCCAUACUCUUGAUUUUAUACACACACUACAGUAAGAGUAGUGCUAUUACAUUAUACUGAUUGUGAAAUACUGUACAAACCAGUAAUUGCUAUAGUUAUCUGGUAUGCAGCACUGGAGACAGUAACCACGGUCCAGGUGGAUUUUGGUGUCCAUGUUCUAAUCACUUAACACAUGGAAGGCCAGUUUAGUUUCUCCUUGCUGGCUGAACAUGUGCUAACAGGAAAUAAGCCAGCAACACUUGCCUUGGCUCUGGCAGAUGAUGGCCUGUCUUUGAAUAAAACAUGUAAACUGAUCUCACAACAGUUUUAUAUUCUUUAGCAUUAGAUCAUCUUGAGGAAAUCUGGUGGUGACUGUCCACUCUGCCACAGUAUUUGGUGCUGUCCAGUCACUUUGGCUGCUGACCACAGCCUCCUGAAUCCAUGAGCGACACAUCCAGCAGUAGGGAUGAUAGCAGCACUGCCAAUAAGGCCCCAUACAUAGUGUUCAAACACAGAUCAGCAUGCUCAUUCAUCCUGGGAGGGAUUUGAGAAGUGCCACUUCUCCCACAAUAACCCCCCCAGGCCCAUCCUCCCACCUGAGCCCACAAAGCAAGUCCACCACCAUCACAGAGCCCCAACAGGCCUUUCUGCUCACUAAUGAUUUGUGAAUGUGUCUACCUGCUUGUCUGUUUGUCUGUCUGUCAUUGUUUACAAGAUGUAUAUGUCUCUUGCAUUCAUAUGGUCUUUGUCUAUGAGCAAGUACUGUUGUUUAAUGUAUUCAUUUGAGAUUUUGCUGUAUUUAACAGAAUUUCUAUGUUUUCUAACCCAUUCUUUUUAUAUAAUUUAAUUUAUUAUAUUUAUUUGGGGAGAUUUCCUUAAUGCCUUCUCAAGAUAUUGUAUUGUAGGCUCCAGUGUGUGUGUUUUUGUUACAGCACGAGUGUGUGUAUGAUCGCGUGGAUGAGCAAUCGACUGUAGUUUUCAAUAUGGUAGGGCACAUACCUGUUGAUGUGUGACUGUGUCAGUCUCGCUGUACCGGUUUAAUUCAUUUGGAGUUUUUUGUGACACAGCUGAAAUGAUGAUUGUGAAUGGCCCAUGGACACACACACACACACACACACACACACACACACAUGGACCAUCCUGGAAAACCACUGAUGUUCCACCUUAAAGGUCCAGAUGACACUCAGUCUCACAAAUGGCUAAAUGACCCUUUUUUCUUUGUGAAGAGACUGUGAUGAGUGUCGCUGUGUGUGCGAUGUGCAGCUCACUCACUCUGACAUACACACUCCACAUAGAUAACAUGUACAUUGACACUGUACAGACUAUGUAAAAAUAAGUAUAUAGAGUAACAAGAGCAGAAAAAGCACCAUAAGUAACAGUGGAAAUUGCUAUGGACGUAAAUGUAACAGGGUGGGGGGGGUUGUUUAAUUUUUUUUUUUUUCCUCCAAGUCUUGUUAAAGUGUAAAUUUUCUUCAUACUAAUCGAGGUCUAAAAGUGGCAAUUUAAAUCCAUCAUGUCCACCCAUAAUCCAUUCAAAGUGAUUUUAAGCCCCGAUAUCUGUAACUGUCAGUCACAUGUAUACUCCAAAAAGAGGUGGUUUGUCUGGAGGACUAGUUUGACCGUUAAGUUCUGGGCAAACCAGGGAUUUGCAGAGAAGAUUCUGUGAUGUGUCGCUGAGAUUAUGUGUUGGAUUAGUCAGCCAUCAGUCUACAGUAGCUGCAUCACCAUCUGCAGCUGAACCAUGCUGCAAACAUUCUGUGCAAAGAGAGAGGCAGCUUUCUCUCUGACAGUAGGACCACUUGAGACCACCCACCUUUUUCUUAAGACUAAAAGUAGCUGCUACAUGCAAGAAAAACAUUAUGCCAACAUCCUCCUGUCUUCAUAAACCCUUUUUACACCAACGUGGAACAGCUUCCGUUUCGGUUCUCGCACCUAAUUUUGUUUAGAGCAUUUUGACAACAACAACAAAAAAGAUUGGUUCAGACCCAAAAAUGUUGGUUCCAAGCUGAAACCAAAAAAUAGUUUGUUUUUUUUUAAAUUCAGCUUUUAUUGAAAAUACAAAGUCAGAUGUCAUGGAGAGCAGAAAUUGUCAGAAAGACAAGUGACAAGACUGAAAUUGAACAGUAAGGAAUAAAAAAAACAAAACUAAGAGACAGCAUUGAAAAUCAAGUAGCAGAAUAUUACCAAAUAGCAGGUUAUAAUGAUGUAUGGUCAGUAUACUUUUCUUGUUAUUCACAUUCAAAAGACUUAAUUAAUUUUUAAAAAAUCUAUUUAAAAAUGUUGUAACGGGAUGAUUUUGCAGAUUUGGAUUUGUGUAUAUGAAAUUUACCAAGCAGGAUCAGGAGGUUUGUCUCAAUGAAAUUAACAUUGCUUUCAAAGUAAAAAAUAACACCUUUGAGACUUAACGUCACAGAGUGACUGGUAUUUCUUAAAAUAUAAUAGCAGGUUUUUUUUGUUAAUCUGAAGUGCAAACCGUGAUGACAUCAGUGCACAUGUCACAUUCUACAGGUUGGAACGAGAGGAUGGAGAAGACAAUAACGAACAUUUAGCAAGAAAUCAUUGGUGGUCUCAUUGAUAGAACAAAAGGUAACAGGCAAUCAAUGGGUGCCAUCUUGCUACUACAAUUUACUUUCAUUGUGCAACGCUCUCUAUUAAUGACACAUCCUUGAUUACAGUGGUUCUGAUCAAAACUGGUGAAAACAAAGCGGCAACCAAAUGAAGACAAUGUGGAAGUGCCAAAAACUGCAGUUCAUAAAAUGUAAUGUCUGACUUUACAGCAGAAAUAACCAUGUUUACAGUCUGAUACAAAAAACAGUUUUGGUCUCUAUAACUAAUUUCAACAUUCAUGACAACUGUCUUUGGGCACGAUCCCACACACAUUUACAUUUUAUUAAGGCCCAAAGUUACACGUAUUAAAGGGCGGGGCUGUUUGAGUGACAGGCUGUCUGCGAGGCAUUGCUGCAAGCUGUAAGCCAGCUCCAUCCUCUCGUCCAAAUAAGGUCACUCCUGGCCCCACAAAACUAAGAUGGUGAUGGUCAAAGUGCCAAACUUGUCAGUCUAUGGUGGAAACACAGGCCGGUUCUCUAGAUAGCACCAAGGUUCCAAGAGUCCUGAACGGCUCUGGUCCAAGAACCAGAGCUCAUUUGGUGGAAAAGGGGUAACAGUGGUGACCCUCAGAUGAGUUGGUGACUAGCUUACUAACUAACAAGAUACAAUGUGUGAAGUGCACUUACAAGUCAGUAAACCGGAGUCUUCAGAUAGAGGAUGGGAAGCUAACAUUGAGCAGACUAUCCUGUACCACUGCAGCUGUCAACAUGCUCAAUUGAUUUGAGUUUUUAAUCUUCGAGAAACUUUAAAAAGGGCAUAAAGUUCAGUUAAAGUCAGCCAGCUACUUGCCAGGAACUGCAAGUGGAAAAUAGCAAUUUGCUAAAAUCUGCUGCAUUACAUCUCUCCGUGUUUUAUGUGACGUUAACGUUCUUUGUACUUUGUCCCUGUUCAAAUAAACACACGCAAGCUUAUAAGACAAAAUCAUCAGAACAAACUUGUCCCUCAUUUGACAACUGACUUCUUAAUAGAGUAUGAAUAUGGCCAAAUGUUUAUUUGAUUUCCUGUAAAAUCACAGUAAAUGAGAAGCCUUGGAGAUAGCCUGGCCAGGCUGAAAUGUUGCGGUAGUGUGUAUGAGUGUGUAAGUGGUGUGUGUUUGUGAGAGUGUCCUUGUUUUAUGUACGAGAUGGUUGUAGAUAGACCCAACAAAUCAACCGAUUAGCAUGCAGACAUGGGGUCUUCACGCUCUACGACUUGAAUUUACUAAAAUAUGAGAAUAUACAAGGAAAACAAACUGAAUUUACAUAAACUAAUUGUGACAGUAUUUAGCUUUAAAAAUCCACUAAGAACAAGAUUAAGGUCUUUUAAUCUGUUUUUCUGAUUUGUUUUUUUUCUACUUGGUUCCUACUAAUGAUGAUUUGGUAGUCAGUGUCGAUGCUGUUUGUCUAAUAUAAAGAAAAUGACAAUGAAGAGAAGGUGUGAGAUAGCUGCUGUGAAACUGCUCUUCACUUUGACGUCAGUCCUCCAGGUUUUUCAGUUGUAUCUUAAUGUCCACUGUCACUCACACUCUGUCCAAGGGACGACUCUGGAAGUGUAACGGACGUUGGUUUAAUAAAUGAUUCAAAUGUCAAACUAAUGGGAGAC